UACCUCCUUCCAGUUGACAUGCUGGCUUUCAGCUGCCCAUCCACAUAAGCAGGUGUUGUAAAACAAUAGCUCUGUGGUCCUGUUUCCAAGCACCCUUGUUAAAAAAAAAAAAAGGCAAAGUUUUAUUUCAGCCGGGAUCUUGAGCACUUUGGAUGCCCAAGUGUUUAUAUCAAAGAAGAAAAGUGAUGGACAUCUACUGUUUAUUCAUCUUUCUGCUCUUUGGACCAGGUAUGCUAGUCCAUGGCUCCAGUCAUGAAAGCCGCUUGGUUGACGAUUUAUUCAGCAGCUACAACAAAAUUGUGCGUCCAGUGAGCAAUCAUUCUCAUGCUGUGGAAGUUAUUGUGGGACUGCAACUUAUCCAGCUGAUCAAUGUGGAUGAAGUAAAUCAAAUAGUAAGCACCAAUGUGCGCCUGAAACAGCAAUGGACAGAUGUAAAUUUGAAAUGGAAUCCAGCAGAUUAUGGUGGUGUGAAGCAAAUCCGCAUACCCUCAAAGGAUAUCUGGCGUCCAGAUUUAGUUUUGUAUAACAAUGCAGAUGGAAUUUUUGCUAUCGACCAGUUCACCAAAGUUCUUGUCAACUAUACAGGACAUAUCACAUGGACUCCACCAGCCAUCUUCAAAAGCUACUGCGAAAUUAUAGUCACCCACUUCCCCUUUGAUGAGCAAAACUGCAGCAUGAAGCUGGGAACAUGGAGUUAUGAUGCCUCUGUGGUUGCCAUUUACCCGGAAAGUGCGCGUCCAGACUUGGAUAACUACAUGGAAAGUGGAGAAUGGACAAUGAAAGAUUACCGAGGUUGGAAACACUCGGUGAAGUAUGGUUGCUGCCCUGAAACGUAUCUUGAUAUCACCUAUCACUUUGUAUUGGUGCGUUUGCCUCUCUACUUCAUUGUCAACGUCAUUAUUCCUUGCCUUCUCUUCUCAUUCUUGACUGGCUUAGUAUUUUAUCUACCUACAGACUCAGGGGAGAAGAUGACUCUGAGCAUCUCUGUCCUGCUUUCUUUGACUGUGUUUCUUCUUGUCAUUGUGGAGCUGAUUCCUUCAACUUCCAGUGCUGUUCCCUUGAUUGGCAAAUACAUGUUGUUCACCAUGGUGUUUGUCAUAACUUCUAUCAUCAUCACUGUCAUAGUGAUCAAUACCCACCAUCGCUCGCCCAGUACCCACACUAUGCCACAGUGGGUGAGAAAGAUAUUUAUUGAAACAAUUCCAAAUGUUAUGUUUUUCUCAACCAUGAAACGUCCGUCCAAAAAUAAGCAGGAGAACAAGAUUUUUACUGAGGACAUGGAUAUCUCUGAAAUCUCAGGGAAACAAGAGCCCACGGCUAUGAAUUUCCAGACAUCACUUACUAAAAAUCCAGAUGUCAAAAGCGCAAUUGAAGGCAUCAAAUAUAUUGCUGAGUCGAUGAAAUCAGAUCAAGAAUCCAAUAAUGCCGCAGAGGAAUGGAAGUUUGUUGCAAUGGUGGUUGAUCAUCUUCUCCUUGGCAUCUUCAUGUUAGUUUGCAUCAUUGGAACCCUCUCGGUUUUUGCUGGCCGUCUCCUUGAACUAAGCCAGCAAGAUUGAAAUAAGGACAUUCGGUGAAAGAGCAUGCUAUGUCCUGGAGUAAGUGAACUUCAGGAAAUUUAUAGAAGGAAAUUUUCUUACCCCACCUCUAUCCUUUAGCUCCCGGAUCCCUGCUCAGGAAGAUCCAUCAACUGUUCCAAAUAUUUUCACACAGUUCAGGGCUAUAGCAGCGAAAUAAAGUGCAAAUUUCCUUCGGUGAAAAUCCUAAGUUACCAAACUGUAAAUCAUGUAUUUUAAGGAAUAUCCAUAUGCCCUCAUUCUGGUAUUUCAAAAUACCAAUCAGCGUGGAUAAAUGUGUAAAGAUAAUAUAGACAUAUUUAAGCUAUAAAUUGGUUAUAGCAAUUUGCAUUAAAGAGGUCUAAUAUGGCAUCGUUUUGAGUUCCCACAGCACAGUAAGUCUGAAGCCUUGUGGAAAACUUGACAUCCACUCUUGGGACCUAAGGUUUAUGCUUCCAUAUAUUACAU